ACCAUUUGAAAGUUGCGGUUAUUGUAAAAUGAAGGUCAAACUGAAAAAGAAAAGUGCGAGAAAUGAGGAAAAGAACGAGGAAAUGUUUGUCAGAUUAGGAGAUGUACCUCUGGACAUAUUACGGUAUAAUAUAUCGAUGCAAUCUGGAGUGGAACGAAAAGAAACUCGCAAAUCCAUACUUCUCAAAAUGGGCGCUAAGAAACCAAAAAACCCAUACAUUAAUUACAAAGAACUCAUGCAGAAUAAGGCAAAGGCUAAGGCUGAGGCUGAAGUGUUUGCUUUCGAUCGCAGUGCUAGUUUCGUAAACAAAAAGCUCCCUUUAAAGCAAGCAAAAAAGAAACGAAAAAGCCAACAGAAAAAUAGACCAAGAAAAAAAGGUUUGACAGCUCAGUGGAUAACGCGUUGAGAGCUUGAAGCAAGAGUUACUGGGUUCAAAUCUUAGCGUUAACAUCAACAUGCCAAGAUAUCCAUCUAACGAGUCUCAAAUAGAACAAAAUGCUUGUUCUAUAUUGCAUUGUUAGCCAUUACCAAUUCAUUCUGAAUUAUCUAAACUACAUUUUCAUUACAAUUUUGGGGAAGAAAAUACACCUAAUCAAGUAACUAUACAUUGCUUCAAACUGAUAACCAUAAUCCAUCUGUUUUAAAUAACUCGUGACAUAAUGGCUAUAUCGAGGCAAUUGGCAUAAGAUGGACGUGUAUCGACAAAGACUGAUCAAAAUUUAGUUUCCGGACAACUGAGACCCUAAUAAUCAUGCAAUUUUUGUACAUCUUAUUACUUCUUCUUCACUUAAGAAAAUCUGGAAACAUUUUGUGCAUUCUUUAAGAAGCAAUACAGUGAAUUUAUACGAAUAUUCGUCGAGAUUAGAACGAAUAGUUUGAUGGAAAUUGGGCGCCGAUUGAUGAUUUUGAUUUCGAUUAUUACCCUGAAGAAGUCCAGACAAGUUAGCUGGACGAAACGUUGGAAUUAUUUAAAUUUCAAUCGCUGAGAUUAUUUCAAAUAUAAUUUUCACAUAUAAUGAAUACAGUGAAUGUUUCAUCUCUUGUAUCCGUUCAUUGCACUGAUCGCUUCUCAUUUAUUUAGUAGAAAAACAUAUAAACAGCUUCUUAUACCAUUGUUUAUACGUGAACAUUACAUUGUAUUUGAUAAAGAUAUUUGAAAUAUUUUUUAAUUCUUUUCCGAAACUAUAAUUUAAAUUGAGUGAAAAAAACUCUUAAAAACAAACUAACAAUCUUACUGUACGAUUUUGUUCAGUUUGUAAAUUGUCACGUUCUGAGAUUACUUCAUCGCGUUGUUUUCGCAUAUCAUGCAAAGAUGUUUUAAGGCGAUCUAAUUCACUUUCAAUUUCCCGUACAUGUUCAUUUAGAUUUUGUCUUGCUGAUUCACUCAUUUCAUGCUCCUCUUUAGUUAAACUAAAGGAAAGAAAUUCUAAAUGUCAUGUUCAAAAUUCAAUUUACUAAAAAUACAUUUUCAAAAUUGAAAUAGUUUGCAAC